AUGCUCGCAUUGGAGCUCCUGCCUACCGUCGCCAUCGCGUACACACUCUCCGAGCUCGUCAAGCCGCGGCCGCAGCGCUGGGUGCUCCUGCGGCACAUACGCGCCGGCGUAGAGCUCUCGUCACUACUCUUCUCGGCCGGGUGUGGCUGCGCGGGCCUGCUUCUACUCCUCGUGGUCGGAGCGCUCUCCCUGACCGGAGGAGACGACGCCGACGAUCCCGGCCGGGUCGUACUGUCGCGCUACGAUCAAGCCGCCCUGUCAGAGGCGAGGAGCGACGCGGCGCGCGAGCUAGUCUGCAUGGCAACCUUCACCGCGCUCGCCUACUUCGAUCUCCGCGCGCGCUGCGUGACGACGCGCCUCUCGUGGCUCUGGUUCCUUCGCGCGGCGAGUGCAGCAGCGGUUCGCACGCUCUGCUACGUGGCACCGCUGGUGGCAGUGCUGUUGGUGCUUCCAUUCGUGCUCCUCUGCUCGGCGCUGCAGCGGCUCGGGCUCAGCGCCGCCGCCGCGUGGCUCUCUGCCGGUAAUGGAGCCAUGCUGAUCAAGCGCGACUUUGCAGCCUCACGUGCUGCCCAGCUGCCCCUCCUGCCGACCGCAUCCGGCUGGCGAGCUGGCGAGGGGGAGGGCGACGGCGGCAACACGGGCUUGGUGGCGGGGAUCCCGACCUUCUCGGGGCUGACGAGAGGCGUCGCGGCGGCUGCUGCGGCUGCGGCUGGUGCGGUGCUGCGGGCCGAGGCGGAGUUGGAGGCAAGAGGGGUGCGAAUGGUGGUGGCGGGCCGCGGCGAUGACGACCGGUUAUUGCGGCUGUUUCGCGCCGCGGGGGAGGAAUCGGUUGCGGCGAGGCGCAGCAGGCACGCUAUGCUGGAGUCCGCCGGGGCUGAAGCGUGA